AGGCGGCCGGAGCUGCCGCCCUCGGGUCCCCCAGGAGGAGGGGGACCCAGCCCUGAUGGUCCCCAGGAAGAGGAGGUUUCCUGCCGUGAUUAUCCGUCAGGAGGAGGAGGGCUCCCGCUCUGAUGGCCCUUAGACGAUGAGAGUCCACAGCCCUCAUCGUCCCCAGGUGGAAGAGGGUCCCCAGGUGUACAUUGGCGAGCUGCCACAGGAUUUCCUCCGCAUCACCCCCACACAGCAGCAGCAGCAGGUCCAGCUGGAUGCCCAGGCGGCACAGCAGCUGCAGUAUGGAGGCUCAGUGGGCACUGUGGGCCGCCUCAGCAUCACUGUGGUACAGGCAAAGCUGGCAAAGAACUAUGGCAUGACACGCAUGGACCCCUACUGCCGCUUGCGAUUGGGCUAUGCUGUGUAUGAGACUCCCACAGCUCACAACGGUGCCAAGAACCCUCGCUGGAACAAAGUCAUCCAAUGCACAGUGCCCCCGGGUGUGGACUCGUUCUACCUGGAGAUCUUCGAUGAGCGAGCCUUCUCCAUGGACGACCGAAUCGCCUGGACUCACAUCACAAUCCCCGAGUCCCUGAAACAGGGCCAGGUGGAAGACGAGUGGUACAGCCUGAGCGGGAGGCAGGGUGACGACAAGGAGGGCAUGAUCAACCUGGUCAUGUCCUACACGUCUCUGCCUGCCGCCAUGAUGAUGCCGCCCCAGCCCGUGGUCCUGAUGCCAACUGUGUACCAGCAGGGCAUUGGCUACGUGCCCAUUGCAGGGAUGCCUGCCGUCUGCAGCCCUGGCAUGGUGCCUGUGGCAAUGCCCCCACCAGCUGUGACCACACAGCCCCGCUGUACGGAGGAGGACCUGAAGGCCAUCCAGGACAUGUUCCCCAACAUGGACAAGGAGGUGAUCCGCUCCGUGCUGGAAGCCCAGAGAGGGAACAGGGAUGCCGCCAUCAACUCCCUGCUGCAAAUGGGCGAAGAGUCCUAGACCUGCUUGUUGCCCUUGGACUGGCCACCCCGGGCUCCUCGGGGUCAUCGUCCCAACAAGAUUCCUACGAACCAUCACCUGUACCCUCUUCCUCAGACACCUGUGCGCCCCUCCCCACCUGUUCUCGGGAUGCAUGUGGUCUCAGUUUGAGGCAGCCCUCGUGGCCAGUGGUGGGGUGGGACAGCUCCCUCCUUGUCUUGGGUGGGAUGAUGGUGGUAUGGCCAUAUCACCACACAGACCCACUCACCUGUUGCUGGGGAUACGCAUCUCUCCUCUCAUACUGUCCUGGAAAGCAUUCUUGUAGAAAGCUGCUGCCUCUGCUAGGGCAAUAGAAGCAGUCGAGCAUCUUUCUGAGCUGUUGAGUGGCACAGAGUCACUCAGCCUAUUUGGGGUGGACCUAGUAGCUUACAGCACACAGAUCCACGUGCAUUGGCUAAUGGGUCGCAUUCACAGAUCUCAAGCUGAGCAUUCAUAUCCUUCCCUGACACUCUUUACAGCGUGGGCCUCUUGCCUGGUUUUCCUGUCCACGUAGCUGGCCAGGCUCUGUCUUGCCCUGGCUGCAUAGGCUCGCUGUCUCCUGCUGACCAUGCCGGCUCUACAGGCCUUCUUCCAGCUUCUCUUCCUGAGAGGGCCUCGGGGUGGCGCUGUUUACAGACGGUGUUGAGACACCGGCCAUGCUGUGCACCAGUGCUGUUGUCAAGCUGGGGGACUGAACAGAAACCCGGUGAAUGGUCAUAUUGGGAACCUUUCUGAGGCAGAGCUGCCUACACUUGGCUGGCUGGUCGCUGCUGUCAUCUCUUGGGCUGCAGACUAGAUUUAGGGCCAUAUGGGCUACACUGUGUUGAAAGACUCAGAGCCUUGCAAGGCUCCUCGGAGAUGCACUUUCAGCAGGACGCACACGUUGGGAAGCCCGUGCACCCUGGCAUGUCUCGGUGUGUAAUUCCACGUUGAGUUGCAGGUGCUUUUCAUUCUUGCGAGUGUUUGUACCCAGCCUCUGACAUGAGAGCCUGCUCACACGGGCACAACGGUCAGCCCUAACUGUGGACUUUUUUGAACCACUGAGAUUGAGGAAGUUAGUGCAGUGCUUAAAUUCCAGUCGCCAUCCCCCCCCCGCCCCCGGUCUAAAAAGAUAGGGUAAAAUUUAAUGUCAGCUACAAAAUAAGCUUUCUACCACUGAUUGGGGGUGGGGGUUGUCAAAUAUAUUGUUCAUAAAUAUUUAUUUUUGUAAACUGAAGAAGAAUGGAGCAGUGGUACAGGUGGCACGGUGGCACUGAGGGCUUUGCUUUAGCUGGGAACCCUUACAGCUUUUAAUCUCGUAGUGGAAAAGAAAGACAAUGUUUGUUAAGUAGAGUUGACCACUCACUGGGACAAGCCCGUCCCUGGAAGUUUUCAUUCCACGCUGCUGUGUGGCCUUGUGCCUGUAGCAGGCCCUGCCCUUGGAGACAGGUUUGUUGGCAGAAUGGGACCUUCCCCAAGGGGGUUCUGUUAGUGCCAUCAGCAGACUCGGCCCAGGACAGCACAAACCUGCAGCGCCUGCUUCUGGGCCCAGUUGAGGCUGCAGGUGCCUGGCCUCUGCCUUAAUGUUGCUGAGGUGCCAACACUGCCACCCUGCUUGCAAGUGGUUCUGUGGAGUCCAUCCUGGAGAAGGUUGGCGCCUGGAGCAGCUGCCGUGGCCCAGGGAGGCAGCGUUCAUGUCAGGGAGCCAUAGUUUCCAGAUGAGUCUGAACAUACUGCAGUCUCUUUCCUUUUUCCUGAACACUGUAUUUUUUUAAUAGAUCAAAGAUAGAUCACAUUUUAUAAGACCUUUCGUCAGUAAGAUCCUACGUCCCUUCGUUGUGUGCUGCUUCCUGUUUGAAGCUUGUCAUGUCGCAGCCUGUCUAGUGCAGUGGCAGGGGGCAAGGCUUCAGUGCCUGCUCAGGAGCCUGAGCGUCAGCAUGAUCCAUUCAGCCACUGUCACGUCCUGUGUCCAGUUUGAUCACCGUCGGGAGGAGUGGUUUGUCCCCUGCUCAUAGACAAAGGCCACAGUGGGUUGGGGCGGACGUAGACGGGGCUGGGACCUUUCUGGGUCUUGCUGCUGCUCCUACCCAUCUACCUACAGAUUCGAGUUGCUAGCAAAGCCACAGGGAUGGACGGGGGAACAUCCUGCCUGGGGCAGGCGUCAGGGCAGGGCUUGGGCUGUUUUCUUGAGGUAGGUGAUGGUUGGACUCGGAGCCCCCGUGGCCUCCAGCUCUGUCUCACCCUGUGAGUGAUGAGUGUAUCCGAGACGGGAGAAGUGUUUCUCGUGGUUUUGUUCUGCCCUUCCCCUCUCCAGACUGCCUCUUUCUCUUAGCGACACUUUGGCAUUUGCUGGUACACAUGAGAUGGGUGUUGGUGGGAAUGAGUCUCAACUUUUGUGUUCCUGGUGGUUAUGUUCAGAGCGGGUCUGUGUCCAGGUUUUUCUUUGAUUGUAAAAUACAUUUCUACUUUUCAGCCUUCUAAUUUAAUAAGUGGCCCAUAUAAAAAUAGAGAAAUAAAGUCCCCUAAGGGAAAGUUUA